AUGAAGACGAAGGUUUCAGCUGAUACCAGUGUAGAAGGAGUGCCUUCGAAAACAACUACUGCUACCACGAUUUCAAACACUGCACAAUCGAGCGUCUGGUCAAUAUGUGACAUAUCAACUGACCCACACGUCGAGCUACGAGACAUAACACCGUCAAUUAGUCCAGUGUUUACCGACGAUCAAGUGCACGAACUGACUCAAAAUCCUGCCGAAAUGGAUGUGUUGAGCGAGCAUUUUCUCCCGCAUGAUACUUUCAAACGAAUCGACGAGGUUCUGAGCUCGAGCGGCGAAACGAACCUUCUGUACACUGAUCCAGAGCUUAGUGACUCAUUGAAACAAAACCACGAUGUUCUUUUAACAGGCGAACUUGGUUUCCAUGGAACCAUGUUCCCAUCGUUUGAUUCAAUAGUUGAAGCAGAUAGGAUACUGAACAAACGAGACGAGUCAUCUCCAGUAAAUAGUGCUGAAGAAAAUGUUUCACAGGCUGGUGGUUCUGAUAACGUUAAUUGGCCUAAGGACCGUGCAGAAUUGAAUAAAACCACAGGAAAUCCAGGAGAUGAGAAGCAGGAGGAUGACAACAAAGGUGUGAGGCGUUCUCCUCGAAAGCGUGUUCAGGUUAAAAAGGAUUCAGAUGCACAAAAAACAAGCAACCUAGCUGGAAAAACCAUCUCAAGAGGCAAAGAUAUAUCAAAGCUAAAAUAUGCAAAACAGCCUGAAGAAGAAGAAAAGAAAGAGGUACGCAGAAGUGGCAGGGCGCAGAAAAAAGUGGAAAAGGAUGACAGUGAUGCUGACAAAAAAGGGAAAGACAAAGUUGUAAAUAACAAAAAGAGAAACGCAAAGGAAGAUGCAAAGGCACAAAAAGCAUCUUCACAGCCAGAAGACUCUUCUAAAAAUGUGCGAAGGUAAGCCCUCUCAGAUGUUUUUCAUUUUCUUGUUUUUCCUCUUUGCCCCUAUGCCAGAUCUGCAGGCUGCCCUUAACCCUUUAAAUCCCAUCAGUGACUGAGACAGAAUUUCUCCUUAAGUAUCAAUACAUUAUCAAGCAGACAGUUGAUUAGAAUAUAGAAGAAUCUCAAUCAGGGGAUUACAAGUUGAUCCAACACAAAAUUCUCAGAACUAACAUCACAAGACUUGUAUGAUAGAUAGUAAGGAGAAUUAAUAAUGAGAUCUGGGAGUGUAAGGGUUAAAUGUCUGCUAUUCUUUACACACUUUACACACUGUUCCACCCUGUGACAGGCAUCUCAGCCUAGGUCAUUUGACAUAGCCGAGAUGCACUGAAUCGUUACAUAUCUUACCUUAUGGAAGGUUGAAAGUUAUUUACUGCAGAACCAUAUUAGCAGUAGUCUGCCUGCCUCCCCAUCUGCUACAAAUUUAUUUUUUUAAACCCAAAUCUUAUGUUACAUGUACAAUGUCUGGAUCAGCACUUGAAAAAAUAGCAUGAUAAUUGACCCAAGGAUGAGCAGCAUCAAUGUAACUUGUCUCCCACAAUGCUCUGUGAUACAUGCUUGUUAUAUUUUGUUGCCGAAGAUUUCAUGCUAGGAGAAGAUCUCUUUGCAUGUUUAUCUCAUCCAAGGAUCACCACAGACACCAUUGAAAUGCAGAUAGUUUGGUACAGAAUAAAAUUGUUAAAGCGUGAAAUCGCCAUCCUCCCUCUUACCCUUCAACAUUCAUGACUGACCAAGACAAUAAUAUCAUUACAAUAUUAAACAGACAAGUCAUGAGUAGAAAAAUAAAAUAUCAAUUUGGGAAUUACAAGGAGAUCCAAAACCAAAUUCUCAGAAUGAACAUUAUAGCAAUUAUGUGGCAGAGUGUAAAGAGAAUUACUACUUAGAACAUUGGAGUAUAGGGUUAAUCCUUGUGCAGUAAAUGGCAAAUAAUAAACAUUAAAUUGCCUGCUUUCCACUACUUGCAAAUUUGGGUGCCAUUCUGGACAUUUUAAAUAGGUAAAUUAACAGAUUAAAUUCAAGAUAGUUGUUUAAAACCCCAAUUAGAGAUGUUGAAAAACAACAAAUAUUAACCCUUUAACUCCCAUAAGUGACCAAGACAGAAUUUCUCCUUACAAUAUCAAUACAAUAUCAAGCAGACAAGUGAUGAGAAUAAAGAAAAAUAUCAGUUAGAGGAUCAUUAGUUGAUCCAAUACAAAAUUCUCAAAACUGACAUCACAAGAACUGUAUGACAGACAGUAAGGAGAAUUACUAAUGAGAUCUUGGUAGUCAAAGGGUUAACAAAACAAAGGAGAAAAAAGCUGAAAAUGAGCAGUUAGCUAUUUACUUGGUGCCUCUGAGGAGUUCAACUCAGGAAAACCAAAAGACAUACAAUUGUGUAGCCUAGUGAAGAAAUUCUGCUUGAAAUCUCCAGUGGUCAACCUAUUACCCUUUAAUAGGACUUAAUUUUUUUAAAUAUAAUAUAAUUUUACAUUUCUUGUAGGUCACCCAGGAAUCAAAGCAAGGCUUUUGUGGAGGCAACGCAGAAAACAAACAAAAAAGCUCCAAGAAAACUUCAGGAAACAAACCCUGAAGAUUCAGAUGGUAAUAAAGAAGAGAGCAAUGAUAAAGAAAGCAAAUCUGAUGAAACUAGAUCAAACACAAAGAGAAGAAAUAGGAAAACAGAAAUUUCUGAAGAGGCAAAGAGUGGACCAGAGGAAAAAACAGUUAUAAGAAAAAGUGGAAGGGUGACUAGAAAUAGAGGAAAACAAACUAAAGAAGAAGAAGAGAAGGCGACAGAGGGAAAGGUCAAAACAAAGGUGAAAAAAACUAAAGAAGAAUCUCACAAUGAACUGAAAACUGGAGAAGCAAAAGUCAAAGACAGUAGCAAAACAGAGAUUACAAUUAAUGAGUCAGAUAUAAAAGAAGAUGAUCAAGACAUUUCUAAGAGGACUGCUGGUAGUUCUGAGGCGAAAGAUGAUAAAAGUAUAUCAUUUGCCAAGAAGGAAAGAGGAGGUGACAUAGAAGAAAAAGCUGUCAGAAAGAAGACAGCGGAAGUGAAAGUUGAACCAUCUGAAAACAAGGAAAAUGAAAAUAAGAGAAGUAGCAGAAGACAAGAAAGAAAGACUGUGGAUAACUCAGAGAAAAAUGCUGAAAAAGGUGAACAAUUGGAAACAUCUAUGGAAAUUAAUUCCACACACAACAUGCAAAAAACUGAUAAAAGAGAAAGUCUGCUAAGUGAAGGCAAUACAAAGUCUGAUAAAGAGGACAAAAGUGUUGAGAAAUCUGUUAAAAAAGAGGUCACUGCUCAUGAUUUAACAGACGAGGAAGCUGUCGAGGAUUCUAAACAGGAUCCUGGGAAGAAAGACUUGAAAGAAAGCAAAGAAGAUAAAGAGUCAGAUGCUGAGAUGGACUCAGAUAACAAUGAGGAGGUUAACGAUGACUCAGAUUAUGAUCCAGAGUAUGAUCCAGAUCGUUUGUGGUGCAUCUGUAGAAAACCACAUGGUAACAGGUAAGAUCAUGUUAGUUCACUGUACCAGACAGGAUUUAACCCUUUAACUCUCAGAUCAAAUUUGUAAUUAUCCUUACUGCCAACCAUGUAAAUCUUAUGAUGUUAGUUCAGAGAAUUUAGGAAUGGAUCAACCAAUUAUCCUCAAAUUGAUAUUUUUCUUUAUUCUCAUCACUUAUCUGCUUGAUAUUGUAUUGAUAUUGUAAGGAGAAAUUCUGUCUUGGUCAUUCAUGGGAGUUAAAGGGUUAACAGUUAGAUUCCAUGUUCCUAUCAUAUGACUUCAAAUGUGAUAUGAAGAAAAAAGUGGUACACAUGGUGUAGCUGAGUGUGUCACUGAUGCUCUCACCUUAUUUUGACAUCUUCAACAUGGAAUCUCUUUGUUUUAUAUCAUAUAAAAGCAAAAAAUGCCAAUGUGCUCCAACAGAUCAUUUGCAAGAACAAAUUAAAAUACAAGCACGAUUCAGCUUAUUAUGUAAAGAUAUAUAUAUAUAUAUUGUGCAAGAGACAGAGGGGUUUUUUCACAUUGUGCAAGAGACAGAGGGGUUUUUUCACCUGCACGGCCGAUUACCCACACUGGCCGAUUAUUGCAUAGGCCAAAAAAAAAGUCAACAGAUUACCUGCACUGGUGGAUAACCCACACGUUAUGUUAUUCAACUUUUUGGUGGCAAAAACGUGACAUUAAGGUGAUACAUUUCAGUCUUUUAAAAGUUGUCUGAUCUAACUUUUGAAAGCGUGAAUGCUUAUUUGUUGAGUGUAAAGGUCAAAGAAAUUCAGACACAUGCACAAUUCUGUGUCAAUAUUAGCAUGUACUUUAUUGAUAAAAUCAUACAGAAAAAACACUGAGAUCAAGCUGAUGAUUUUAAGUGGGCAAGCUAUGUUAUGAAAUCUACAGUGAUUUAUACAUUGAUAACCAAUAGCAACAUAUUGAACAGCAAAGAUCAGUACAUGUGCUUGUAAUAUUUUAAGGUCAUCAUGUUAAUUGUUUGUGAUUUUUUAGGUUCAUGAUUUGUUGUGAUCGCUGUGAAGAGUGGUUUCAUGGGAUGUGUGUUGGCAUAACAAUGGCUCAGGGACGGCAAAUGGAGAAGAACAGCCAAGACUAUGUCUGCCCUAAAUGCAAAGGUACCAUCACUGUAGAAUAGAAUAAAAUAGCUUUGUUUGGAUAGUAAUGUUGCAGUCCCCAUACUGAAUUACAUUGGAAGAUAGUUCUAACUGAAGUAAUGGUAUCAAUUUUUUUGACAUGCCAGCAAAAAUAGAAGAAGAGUGCAGCAAGGAAGCCAAAGCAACAUCAGGAAGAUCUGAGGAAGAGAGCAGAGAUGUCACUUAUACAGAAAACACAGGAGAAUGUCGUCCUCGCAGAGAGCGCUCGCUUAAGAUGAAAAUCCCUGGCGAACCAGAGACAAGAAAGCGGCGACAUAUCAGGGUUGAAAUGAAUGAGGUAUGUGCAUGUAUAGCACAAGUGUUUGUGCAACCAAUCGCUUUUGUUCAACAAUUUCAGAAGUUCACAAUAUUUUAUUAAUGCUCUAUAUGACCAACACACAUUUAGAGAAAUGCCUUAUUCUUUUAAACAAUGUAUCCAGUAAAUUGAAUCCAUCAUUUGCAUUGUAGAUGGAACUUUUGCUUAAAAAGCAGAAAUCUCACCUGAAAGAAGUCUUUUACCCCUUGACACUUGAGAGUGACAAGCAAAUAAUUUCUCCUUACAAUAUCACCCCUCAAUCACACAUUAAGAUCAUGAGAGUAAAGAAGAUGAUCACCAACUAAAGAAACUCUUGAUUGUUAAACAAAUUCUCCUUUUCAGCACCCUAAAAAUGUAUAGGAAGCUGUAAGGAGAAUAUGCAUACUGGUGUUAGGAUAUAAAGGGUUAAAUUUUUUAACCUAAGGGGUUGAACAGUGUCCUUGGUAUUGCAUACAUUGACCUGGUUUAGUUUUAACAAUUAAUUGUAAGUUUUGUUUCUGUUAAGGAUGACAGUAGCAAAAGAUCUAGAGAUUCUAAAGGAGAAACAAGAGAUGAAAGAAGGAAAAACGUCCCAGAACACAAAAGCUUCAAAAUACCCAAGAAGGUGAAGUCUAUUCCCACCAUUUAUAAUGGUAAUAGGAUUGAGUGGAGUCCAAUUCAGUCUGGAAUCGUGUGAUUGGUUAACAAAAUUGUACACUUGCAAAGCAGGAGUCCAAUUUGUUAACAACGAGUAUGAUUACAGACACAAUUGGAUAGCAUGAAGUCCAGUUACCAAUUAAUCAAAACCAUGACAAAAUUUGAGAAAGAAACCAGACAUCGGUUGUACAUUUUCAUAACAAAAACAAAACAAUUAACUUGAAAUGCAAGACAACAGUGCAGCAUUAAAAAAGAAGACAUACUUAAGAUCUUUUUGUUGCUACACAGGUGAGGACAACACCAACUCCAGCAUCAUACAUGCAUCAUCCCACCCAGUCGCACUGUGUGGCCACUGAUUGUUCUAAACUUGCUGAUUAUCAAUCUGUUUACUGCAGUUCAGACUGUAUGCAAAGGUAAGAUUGGUAUGAAUGUUAAUGGUAAAAUAAUCCCCUGUCAUGUAUUUACCACAAUGAAGUGAAAAACUUUUAGGUGAGUUGUUGUUAACAAGUCCUUUUUCCACUGAGUUACUCAGUGAAGGUGGUUAACCUUGAGUCUAAAAGCUAGAACAAACUCUGACAGUGCCAUAAGCAGUACAACUUUAAAGGAUGGUGUGAUUGCUUUCAUUUGAGUGAUCAAAUAGUAGAGUGAUACCUACAGACAUGCAAUGAUAUUAGUUAUACCCAGCUGCACAACAGUUUUUGACAAACUGCUAGAGUUCAUAUCAUUUUAAGGUCAAUCUCUGUCAAGUCAGUUCCAAAACACAAGUCCAAAUUCCCAUCUCCAUGUUCCAUGGUGCAUCACAGUAUACCCAUCCCUACCAAUAUCUGAUUAGUAAUUCUCCUUACAGUCUGCUAUACAAAUCUUGUGAUGUUGGUUUGGAGAAUUUGUUAUUGGAUCAACACCAAUAAUCCCUUUAUUGGUGUUUUUCUUUUUUCUCAUUACUUGUCUGCUUGAUAUUGUUUUGAUAUCAUAAGGAGAAAUUCUGUCUUGGUCUCUCAUGGGAGUUAUACUGUAAAGGGCCAAAUUAGACCUGUUAUGAUACAUGCACAUACAAAAUGAUUUGUAGUUCAGUGAAGGCCAUUAGGAUGCUAUUUGAAAUAAAAAGCAAAGUCAUUGCAUGGUAAGAAUCCUUGUAAAUAGCUUUGUUUUCACAUGUGAGAGAUUCAGUUUAACUGUUUAACUCCUAAGAUCUGAUUGUUAAUUCUCCCCUCUAGCUGAUACACAUUUCCUAUUAAAUUGGUUACAAGAAGUUGGUGUUAGGUCAAGAUAACAACAUCUACCUGAUAAGUUCGAGUAUUCUCAUUACCUGUUUGCCAAUUACUGUAUGGAUUUUAUAGGGAGAAGUUACAUGUUAAUCCCAUCUUGGAGUUAAAGGGUUAAGAAGAAAUGUCAAGCAAAGUAUAAGGCAUUCUUGAGUAGGCUUAUUAUUCGUCUUGGUUGAAUUUUCAGACAUGCUGAGGAAUCUUUGAAAAUAAUCAUGGAAGAGAAGAAAAAACGAAUGGGGUGCAAAUCCUCCGUGCCCACAUCCAAGAAUGUCACGUCACCAACAGUGAGUCUGUACUUUUUUUUUUCACAAUAUGUUUAUCCAAGUGGACACUAAGGGCUGUCUUGAAAGGCACUUUCUUUGGCAAGGUUGACCCUUUUAAAUGCCACUGGUACCAAAAAGGAACUUCUUUCAAAACAGGAACGUAUUCCUCCUCCAAAACAGGAGGUCACUGAUUGAAUUGCAAAUCUGAGGUGGCAGUAAGUUUGAUGAUUAUCAGUUAGGGAGCAUGGAUGACAAGCCAGCAUACAGUUAAAAAAGAACAGUAGUACCAAAGCAGCACUAUAGACUUUCUGUUUAUAUGAGUACUCUAACAUCAAGGCACUGCCAAGGUAACCGGGAUUCUUUUGUGGAUGUGGAAAGACAGUGACGUGUACCGUACAGGCAGCUCUCGGGGCAUCUUGAAAUAUGCAACAUUUAUUAUUUCAGGUCAACAUUUUAUCUCAAUAACAAAAAGAGCACUCUUUUAAUUUCAUGGUUUAGUCAAGUCUGCUAGGGCCAGUCCCUUGGAAUUCUGAAGCAGCCCAAGUCUCCUCACAGACAGAAUCUGCACAACUCAAAGAGGGAAUAGCAGUCAUUGAGAGGUCCACUGGGCGGGUGAUUGCAGGUGUGGCAGCACCCUGUCAGGAGGAGUUAGUUGAUUGGCUGCAUGAUCAUCCUACAUUUGAGGUGCUGCGGCCAUCAGGUUUGUAGUUUGAGAUCAACCAUUUACAUCUGGAAAUAGGAGAAAAGUUGUCCCUGAGGACCACAAUCUGUGUAUUAUUUUUUCGGGUAAAAUCAUUUAUCGGAAAUAAUUAGGUGGAAUUCCUGCUCUUGUUCAGAUAGACAGGAAUAGGGAAAUACAUGCAAUGUGACCAACAGGAUUAUUUCCAGGCUUUUAAACUGAUGCAUAACUCACUGUAUUUCCUCUAAUAAUUACGUGGGCGAUGAUUUCAAAUUUCUGCUAAAAGGAGGGGUGCUCAUGGAGAGGAGUGCACUUAAUUGAGGGGGGCUCUCCUGUGCUUAUUCCAUUGCAGUUGAAGCUUGAGAAGUUAUAAGUAAAGUGGCAAUAGGAACAGGUUUUCCUUGUAUCCCCGCUAUUUAAGAAAGUGAGGAAGGAGGCACUUAUUUGAGAGGGAUGCUUGUUUGACAGUGUGGCCAAGGGGUUUGGCGCUCAUUAGAACAUGGGCACUCAUUUCAACGAAAUUGGGUACUUAAAUUCAUAUUGGUUCUUGUGGUGGAGAUGAACUUGGGAACUCUCUUGCCUUUCUGCCGUGUAUUUCUUUAAACUUAGUCAAGUGAUUGUGAUGCAUUUUGAUGUUGAAAACCCUCAUGGAAAUUGUUAUUAGGUUGGAAGGAUUAAGUUAACACAUCUUUUGUGUUGAAUUGCAGUUGGGAAAGAUGAGAAAAAGAAAGACAAAAAAGAAGACAGCGAGAAAACUGUGAGAGAAAACAUUAAAAAAUCACUGAGGGAAAUCUUAACAACAAGGUUUGUCAUAUGCGUGUUAUACUGAAGAAAUGUAAAAUGGUUUCCGUCUUUACAUAGCCUGAUGUAAACACUUGGGAGGUUGGGAGAACACGAGAUAAGCGAAGGAAACCACAACGCGAAGCGGAGUGGUUUCCAGCUUAUCGAGUGUUCUCCGAACCUCCCAAGUGUUUACAUCAGGCUAUGUAAACACGGAAACCAUUUUACAUUUCUUUUAUAAAAUAACUAAUGAAAGAGGAACGAAAACCGUGUUUACAUACGCUUAUGUAAAAUGGUUUUAUAGCCAAUCAGAGCGCGCGUACUAUUUGAAUUAUUUUAUAAAUGAUAUUAGACUAUAAACAUAACAAUUUACAUGUUAUAAUGACAUGCUAUUAUAAUGAUUAUCUCAAAGGACUUUUUUUUAGGAAAAAGCGUCUUGAUAACAGCCUCUAGGCUAACCUGCUUUUUGUUAUUGAAUGAAACCUUUGCCAAGAGUAUUACCAGACAAUUUGUUUCCUUUUGAAUACUAUAAGUUUCUCCGUGGAUCACCUUUGUGUAUAAGGACUACGAUAACAUCUAUGUAGGUAUUCUAAGUAUUAAGUAAAAAGGAUCCUUAGAGGUAUUAAACGUUAUAGUGCAUGAAUUAAAACUUGGUUUUAUUAGUUGUUAGAGUCAGUGCGCAGUAGUUAACUUUUUUUGAAAUAUUUAUUGAUAUUGUCCGUUAUAGAUCCAAGGAGCAACAGGAUUUUAACGUAACUGAAGAAGACAUUGACAAGUGUUCACUGGAUGUCGAAAGGGAAAUGUUUUCUUUCUUUGGAGAUACAGGGCAACGCUAUAAGAACAAGUACCGCAGCUUGAUGUUUAAUCUCAAAGACCCUAGGAACAAGGUUAGAUUGAUUGGAAGCUUUUGAAAGGCUGCGAACUCUCACUGUCUGCAAUUUGUAAAAUUUCCUUUAAAACUGAUGCUGUUUCAGAAAAUGCUUGCUUGGUAUGUUUUGGAAAUAAUUUCAAAUGUCUAAGCAAAUUAUGAUUCGAAAUGAAAUGUUUAUACUAAUUUUGCCGAAAAACAUUGCUUUGAGAGCCACUGUAGUCAAUGUUUCUUUUUUUCGUUAGGUUCUGUUUCGACAUGUUCUGUCAGGGGAGAUAACUGUAGAUCGUCUCGUACGGAUGACACCUGAACAGCUGGCAUCACCAGAGCUGGCUACCUGGCGGGAACAGGAAACAAAACAUGUUAGUACUGAUUCCACUUGUAUUUGAUAGAGAAGUCACGAAGGCGUCAAUUGUCGCAUGUGUCACCCUAAAUAGCAGUGUCAACGGAUGUCCCCUUUGGGGUGUUAUUAUUGUAUGGGAUAUUUAAGGGGGCACCGUCACUUUAUUUUAAGUCACUUUUGGGAGCUGCCAAACUAUCUGUAUGUGGAUAGGGACCGCAAAAUAUUAGUGUAAUAGAAGUAGUAAUGAACCAAAGAGAAGCAAGGAUGGUUGGAGAUGGAGAAGAUUUGAAGGGACUGGGAAUGACUACUUCAUAUUAUACAUACAUGUUCUGUACUUGCGUCUUGUCGUGGCGGUUUUCCUCUCAAGUAAAACUUUACUCUUGAUAUCUUUAGACCCUGGAAAUGAUUAGAAUGAGUCAAGAGGAGAUAAAUGCAACCAAAGCACAUACCAAGAAAACACACAAGGUUAGUUUUUUUAACCCUUUAAUUCCCAAGAUCUGAUUGUUAAUUCUCCCUUGUAGCUACUACACAUUUCCUUGUAAAUUAGUUAUGAGAACUUGGUGCUAGAUCAAGAUAGUAGCCUCUACCUGAUAAGUUUGAAUAUUCUCAUUACCUGUUUGCAGAAGAAUGUAUGGAUAUUGUAGGGAGAAGUUUUAUGUUAAUCACUUCUGGUAGUUAAAGAGUUAACGUUAUGGAGAGUGUAUUUGUACAGUUGUAUCUAAUGAAACUAUAAUGCUUUAUAAAGAAUAUCAUCUUACAUCCUAAUAUAGCCGCAAACGCUAAUCACUCGUAUUCAAACUUUACUAGAACAAACUUGACACAUUGUUGAAUACGGUAACUGAAAAUGACAAAAUUACAAACACGCGAAUGAGCAUAAAAUAACUUACACGAUGAUGAAAGUACUUGAAAACGACAAAGCGAAAUAAACAAGGAUACUUGACGAAUGUGAGAACCAAAGACGAAAACAUGAAACCCAGAGCUAAUAUGUAACGUUUUUCCAUACAACUAACCAAAUAAAUUGAACCAAUAUAUAUACGAAUGCAAAUAAAUCCAUGAGCGCGUAACUGAAUAAUGAAGACGAGAAAAUAAACACCUAACACGCUAACAAAAAAUGAUAACCAUUCUCGUAUCCAACAAGAGCAAAUAGAAACGUUGUUUUAUUAAAUUUCAUUAAGUUCUGAACGUUUGAAUAUUUUCAGCAACAAUUUUCAGCUUACAGGACGUCUCAAUGCAUUUCCGUAUAAGUUGACUCGGAAUAUGAGCCGAUAACUGAAGUUUAGUGAACCAAUCAGAACACUAGAAAUGCAAUACUUGGAGUUUGAAAUGUAAUAAUGUGACACACUUAGUAUCGCUUUGUGUUACUGAGCUGACGCACGACAACAUGGAUUUUUUUUUUCUUUUUUUCUUAUUUUUUUUAACAUAAAAAACUUAGUGACCCAAGGAUUUAUUUCUGAAUCUGUAAAUAAAAAGCUGUUGAGUAACUAUUCAAGUGAAAUCUUCCAAGCAUCAUUUUCACACGGUUCUCUUUAUUUUGGUUUACAAGUCCUAGGUUAAAACCUCCUUUGCAUUUCGCGCUUCUUUUUUUAUACCAGUUUUGAAUGAGUUACAAACUGCUUUUGCUGAGAAUAGGAGUUGAGGGUUACAUCUAGUUUUUGAGAAUUACAAUAUGUUAAUCUCUUCUUUAUGCCUCUUUUUUAUGCUCUUUUUUUUUCUUCUUAUUAUUUUUUUCCUAGAAUUCAGUCAAAGCAACUACAGAGCUUAAAGAAGAGAAAGGUCUUCCUGAUAGCAACACAGGAUCCAGCACCUUGCUUCUCGACACCACAGAUGAACAUCGGAUUCACCUCUUUGAUCUCAACUGCCGCAUCUGCACUGGAAAAAUGGCACCCCCAGGGGAACCUCCGAGGAGAGAAACACCUGCGCCACUUGUAUCAACCACGUCAAUGUAAGGCAUUGAGAGUUCAUAGGGAGGGGAGGGACGCGAGAAUUGUUGAUUGUUUUGAAAGAAUUUUGUGUGAUGAUUGAGUAGGGCGUUAAGUUUUGAGAGACAGGGGUGUUGCUUCAUUUUCUUAGUGUUGAGGUGAUUUAUUUUUAACAGAGUUCAAGCUGUUGCUGAGAGUUCAAUUCCCUCUCCUACACCCAUGGACAUUGUCACUUCCGCCAGGUUUGUUCCUUUUUAGUUUAAAAUAGUUUGUAAUUCCGGAUUCUCGACUCAGUUUGCUCAAGGUUUGCUAAGUUGUGCUUUAGUUUUGCUGUAGUUUUGCUGUAGUUUUGCUGUAGUUUUGCUGUAGUUUUGCUGUAGUUUUGCUGUAGUUUUGCUGUAGUUUUGCUGUAGUUUUGCUGUAGUUUUGCUGUAGUUUUGCUGUAGUUUUGCUGUAGUUUUGUUGUAGUUUUGCUUUAGUUUCACUUUUGUUUUGCUUUAGAUAGCUCCGUGAUUGGUCUUGAAAACUCGCGCCUCUCUAUCGACCAAUCAAAUUCAAUCUAAAACCAAUUACGAUUUGUGCACUUGCGUUGCCUCGCGCCUCAGCUAGUUUGCUUAUGUUUAUUUUUUAGUUCUUAUUAGCUCCUUGCGAUAUGUGUCUGUCUUCUGAUUGGCCGUUAUAAUUACUCUGGUGUUGAUCUCACGAAACGUAGUCGAAAAGCGCUCUAGAGAGCUUUUCGAUUGAGUGUCGUAAAAACCAAAACUACUGCAAUUACCGCGGCCAACCAAAGCGCGGGAAAACGCGGCGACCAAGACGUGAUUAGUUUUAGUUUUGUCUUUGAUUUGAUUGGUUGAGAGAGCGGCGCAACGUUUCUGGACCAAUCACAGAGCAAAGUAAAGCAAAACCAGUGUGAUCCCGGAUGACGUUCGACACUUAAUUGAAACUUGCUGUAUUUGACUGCGUUGUUUUCACAGCUCACCAGACUCGGCCGUGCAGCCUCCCGAGUCACCCUCUAUGCUGGCCAAGACAGCUAAGAAAGUCCCAGCCGUGUGGAAAGGGUUUGUGAUGAUGCAGAGUAUAGCUAAGUUCGGUACGAGUGCUUAUCGUGUGUCCGGACCAUGUGACGAUCUGCUGCAGUUGUUGCCCGAUACACUGCAUGUUCAGGGUCGCAUUGCGCAUGAGCAGGUUUGGGACUAUCUACAACAACUGAAGAGCUCUACAUCAAGGGUGAGAACUAUUUGCGUACAUUUCUUUAAAACUUCUCAAUUUUGAGUUUUUUGAAAUACUAGUAGCAGAUUUCUUCCCAGUUUUUUUUUUUACUCUUGGGCAAGAGUCUUCAUGUCAGAGAGGCUUACUGCCCCCGCUCUACGCAGGCGAAAAAUAGGAACCACUUAACCGUCUAGAAUUUCGAGUGGUGAGAAUAACUUUUAUGAGAUAAUAUUGUCACAACAUUAUAUCGAGAGUUAGUAGUGAUACUCGCUAGCGAUCCAUGCCUCUAAAACCAGGAUAAGCUGAGGCAGUGUGAACCAAAAGGCUUUUUUGCAGACUCUUUCUACUAUUUAUAAGUAAUGGUUUCCGUCUUCGAUUUUUUUCCCAGGAGGUGUGUGUGAUCAGGUACGAGGCUUCCUCUGAUGACGAGAAGUUGAGCUACGUGUCGCUGUAUUCGUACUUUUACAGUAGAAAGCGAUGUGGAGUAGUCAGUAACUGUUACACGGGAGUCAAAGAUAUGUAUCUGGUACCUCUAGCCUCACAUCAACGCAUACCGCCGGAACUACUACCGUUUGAUGGACCUGGUAAGACUGCAUCUGAACUUGAUAUAUGAAUUUAGGCUCGACAAUCGACCACUGUUCGGGAAAUAAGGCUACCAUCUGUACCCGGGCGGGGAGAAACGUGGAGCAAACUCAAGAGAGCGGCGAAAAUUGAGCACUCGAUAAUUGGCAAAGAAAACUUCCCUAAACCCUUAACUUCCGAGAUCGUAUUUGAAACUCUUACCCCCAAGCUGUUGCAGUUUUGCAUCUUUUCUAUCUGAACUAUUCUAGAGAACUUGGUGUUACAUCAGGAUAACACCCUCUAGAUUAUAGCUUUGACCUCUCGACUGCUGUUUGGAAAGCAAGUUGACCACCCCUCCCCGAAGAGGGAGUAGCGAAUAGCAAAUUCGAGAGAGCUUCGAGAAUGGAAACAUAAAACACUUCACUCCCUAGAUCUUUUCCGAAACGUUUCUCCCUAGCGUCUACACUUUUACCUUUGAACCAUUCGACCGAAUUUGGUGGUAUAGCAGGAUGUCACUUUCAAGCUUGCAGCCUUGUCUACUCGUACGACCCUUUUGUUAGAUUUCACGUGGAUAUUGCGUGGAGCAGUUACAUGGCAAUUGUUCUUUGUGUGACUGUUAUACAGACUCCUUACCAAAAAAGUUUGAGACCAUACGCUUGAUAUUCUCUUCACUGCCAGGUUAUACUGUUUUUAUAGCAAGGGCAACUGAAAUAAAUUGAAUUGAUGUUGGAUUUAUUCUUUCCUUCAGGGUUGAAUGAUCCCCGUCCUCACAUGCUCCUCGGAGUUAUUGUCCGAUCUAAGGUGAUGUUCAAGCGCCCGCGUGCACUUAGUCAACGCUCACUGUCCCCUCCUCCAAAGCGCCGAACCAGUUCAGCGAGUGUGGAGAACAGCAGCAGUGAUGGAGGUGCUGUGGAAAGUCCGGCCCGAAAACGAGACGUGCUUAGUGAACUUCAUGACUCGCCUCCAGCGGACAUUGAAGACAUUGUGUUCCAGUACAACACCACUCAAGCUAAGAUCAGCAGUAAGGAAACCAAGGAUUUGUCCGCCAAAGCUUCACCUGUUUCUGAGACAUCCACACCUUCAGUUGCUUCCUCCUCUGGAGCGGCGAGCCCUCCUGUUUCUACGAGUAAUUCAUCUGUUCCUUCCCUUGAGGCACAGAAACAGCAGUUACUGGAUCUACAAGAGCGCGCACGGCAGUAUAUAUUGGCACAGACACAGCGAAAAGAAGUUGCAGCUGUUGACCAUUCAACUUCGGCUAAUAGCGAGGAUAAACCGAAGAUUCAAUUUCCUGUUGCUAAUAAUCCAGAAAAUGAGAAGACUGAAACAGUAGACGACGAUGCACCGUAUGAUCCCGAAGAAGGUUUAGUUCUUGACCUUAAUUCCACUGAGCCCAACCCAGCCAAACCUGCAGUAUCUGUACCAUCAGAGGAGCCAACCAAACCCUCCAGUCUGCAAAUGUUGGUCUCCACUCUUCAGAGAAUUCAAGGUGCUGCCAGUAAAAGUUUAAGUCCCCACUUGACAGCACUAACUUCAAUCCUACCCUUAGGGGCUACCACCGGAUCAAAAGGAGAAAGCAAUCAAGGAAACGAGACCACUGCCGUAGCCACAGCAGGUACCGUUAACUCGUCGCUCAUCUCAGCUGGGUCGAGAAGUCCGUCCGCUGCAUCAGGUAGCAGCAUACUGCAGCCCAUUGUGCCUCUCAACAGUGAAAAUAUGAGAAAUCCUUCGGCCCCAGCGGGGUACAGGCCACAGCUUUCUGGGCUAAUUGACCAAACAACCACGCCUACUGGAGCAAAUGGGCCACAAGCUUCAGAUAUGGCUGACCGUCAACCAAUGUCUACCGGUGGAGGAUUACAGCAGCCCUCAAGUAUGAGCGAUCGACAAUCCUCAAUUAUAGCCGAUCAACGUUCAGCGGCUGUCAUAUCAAAUGGGCGUAUUCCAGAGCGUGAUGGCUCUACCACUGACGGUUCACAUUCUACUUUUUCCAGUUCUCAUGGCCAUCAAUUUCCUGAACCCUCUGUCCUGAAUUUCCAGCCUGCAUCGUCUGCUCAGAGACAUCAGCCGCCUGCCCAGGGCCAUGGUUCACACAUAACUGAACCUCCACACAUUAAUCGUCACGUGAACGACGUCACGCAGCAGUACAGCGGUCUUCGACCAGAAGAGCGUGCGCGGCUGGCGGCGCGCGAAUCCCGCUUAGAAUCGCGGGAGAAUAGGCGAUUAUCAAGCGAACACAGAGGUGAAUCUCAGGAACAAAGACGAUUGAGCGAAAGAGAGAGGGAUAGUUGGUACAAUAACCCGCGCUACUCACGGGAUUCCAGGUCUUCCGGUUCAUUUGAUUCGCGUAACCCUCGGGAUUCGCGAAACGACUGGCGGAAUCAGCACAGGUCCGGACGGCAUUGGCACGAGGAUGAACAUCGGCGAGACAGACACGCCCAACCGAUAGACGAACGACCGAGAUACCAAGAACGUAGAGACGAAAGACGGUUCCGGGAGAAUUGGGGUCGAGAGAGAUGGAGGCGGUGAUCGUACAAAUUGUUAGAAACAGUUGUACCCAAAGUUCGUUAAAGUUCAAUUGCACUUAAAUGAAUUUGUAUCGUGAAUAUUCCAAAAGCUCUCUGCUGGGAUGCCGUUUGAAGUUUUUUCAAUAUGGCUCAGACGUGUUGUGUUAAUUAGAGACUUUUAGUUCCGGUGGGUUAUAACUUCUGUACAAAGCAGGUAGAUGUUUUUAAAGAUAUAUGAUUCUGUGGAGUUUUAUCAAAGCGGUUGCUGUGUUGUUUCUCUAACAUCUAAUAAAAUGUGUUCG